AUGGAGCGUCGCAUUUCCCCGUCAAACAGGUCACGGGCACCAGUGAUAGGGCUUGUGGCUGCGGUUCUGUUCGUCUCAUGCUCGAGCGGCCUCUGGAGGAGUGAAGCAGCCGCACCACUAAUAACACCACAAUGUGAUGAAACUGAGGAGAUGACCACUUGUACCUGCGGAUCGGAGGCAAAAUCAAAAACAGGAGCAGACGGAACGGGUAGCGGCGCAACUCUGUCUGAAUCGAGCAACGGAAUCGCCAUUCAGUGUCCCAAAGAAAACUUCGAGUUUGUUCCCUCCGACAAAAAGUACGUUUGCACUGGAGAAAAAACGGAGGGGGCUCUGAAAACAUGUGAAGCUGGUACUGGCAAGAAAUCUCCCAUCACGGAUUUCAUGAUCCCCGUUACCGAGAGCAACUCAAUAGCGUGGACGGAGACAUCCAGUACAACAAAGGAUUAUUCUCUAACAAUACCACCAGGCAGUUUCCCUCUUGUCGACAAAAGCUUCUUUGCCGGAUGCCUACAAGCAGGAGGCAACGAGUGCGUGGUGAAUGUAACCGUCAAGGCCAGGACCUCAGCCGUGAAGGCCGGUGUCCUGACUUGCGCCUACGGCAAAGAGAGCAACUCGUCUGUUCCAGAAGUAACACUGAAUUCCGAAAACAACUCGCUGACUAUCCAAUGCGGCGAUGAGGGACAGAUGGAGCCGACUCAGCAAUCCUUGACUGCCUACCACUGCGCCGGCUCCAACACAAAUGACUGCAAAAUCGUGAACCUCACUGAGGUCAUGCCGACCUUCACAUCGAGCUGGUGGACAACGGAUGAGCAGAGCAGUAGGGCACCCAAACUCGUGAUUCCGGAAGACGGGUUUCCUGCUCAGGAAGAAACGAUUGUGUUGGGUUGCAACCCAAACAUCGCCGAAACAUCGAAGGCCGAGCAGGGUGAUCAAACCACAGCUGGAGCGCUGCCGACAUGCAGAGUGAAGGUGACAAUCAGUGCCCAAACCUCUGGUUCACUGGCCACGAGCGUUUCCUUCUACAGAUUGUUUGGCUUGGUAUCAGUUCCAUUCGUCCUGCUUGGCGCAUACUGA